AUGUUGACCGACGAACAGUCCGGUCGAAAUCGGCUACCGCCGAUGUUGACAUCCCCUCCUCCGGCGAAGCGACACAAGUCCGAAUCAACCCCCGCAAGUGAGGCCGGUCGCUCAUCGAGAUACUACCAUUCCGGAUCGGUUCCUUCGAGCGAACGGUAUCAUUCGUCCUCGAUUCCUGCCAGCGACCGUUAUCAAUCCUCGUCAAUUCCACCCAGUGAGCGCUAUCAAUCAUCAAUUCCACCCAGUGGUCGGUACUGUUCCUCGGUCCCCAGUGAACGAGCUCGGUCGCGCCAAACCUCGACUGCCAUGGACAUCUAUAUGAUUACGGACCGGAACCCUUCAGAUAAGGAUGGCGAUCGAAGAGUUGGUCGUUUUCUCAGCAAUGGUUCGGUCGCAUCACAAACAUCCCAAGCUUCUCGUGCCUCUGGCUCGUCACCACCUAUAAUUGUCUCCGAUCGCAAAAUUCCCGAAAAGUACCCUCCAUACAAAGAAAAUAAUCGCAUGUAUCAUUCCUACCGAAAAGGCACUUAUAUGCUACCCUGCGACGACGAAGAACAAGACCGCCUCGAUAUCUUCCAUAAGCUCUUUACAGUCGCCCGUGUAUCAGAUGGCUUAAUAUACGCACCUCAUCCGAAAUCCUCGCGGAUCCUGGAUCUGGGCUGUGGGACUGGAAUCUGGAGCAUUGAGGUUGCCAACAAAUACCCCGACUCGUUCGUGGUGGGCGUAGAUCUCGCCCCGAUUCAACCACAAAACCACCCCAAGAAUUGCGACUUUUAUGCUCCGUUCGACUUUGAAAGUCCAUGGGCCAUGGGUGAGGAUUCUUGGGACUUGAUUCAUAUGCAGAUGGGAAGCGGCAGCGUUGCCAGCUGGCCCAGUCUAUACAGGCGGGUAUUCUCACACCUUCGUCCGGGCGCAUGGUUCGAACAAGUCGAAAUUGAUUUCGAGCCGCGCUGCGAUGAUCGAUCGCUAAGUAAUCUCGCCCUUCGUCAUUGGUACACGGCCCUGAAGCGCGCCACCGAAUCAACAAUGCGCCCUCUAGCUCAUAGCUCCCGCGAGACGAUCCGCAAUCUGCAAGAAGCUGGGUUCACGGAAAUUGACCAUCAAAUGGUGGGACUACCCUUGAACCCUUGGCAUGAUGACGAGCACGAGCGCAAGGUUGCCAGCUGGUAUAACCUGGCCAUCUCAGAGAGUGUCGAAACCCUCAGUCUCGCUCCUUUCAGCCGAGUGUACGGCUGGCCCAUUGAAAAGAUUAAGCGCCUUGCGACGGACGUGAAGACCGAGGCGUUCAAUAAAGAUCUGCGCUGUUACAAUAUUCUGCAUAUUUACCAGGCUCGCAAGCCACUUGCCAAAUAG